AUGCCCGUACUCGAGUCCCUUAUGCUCGGUGAGAAGACAGCAGUUGUUUUUGACAUAGGCUCAGUUUACACCAAGUGUGGUUUCGCUGGAGAAACUGGACCAAGGUUUAUUAUGCCAACAGAGAUCACUUUGCCCACAGGUGAAAAAAGAAGUAUAUCCUCGUGUAAUGGAAAGGACAAAAGACGAGAGUUCUUGACAACUUUUCUUUACAAUAUAUACUAUCGACAUUUGUUGGUAAACCCGAAGGACAGACGAGUUGUUGUAGUUGAAAGUGUUCUAUGUCCUUCAUCAUUCCGUGAAGUUUUGGCCGACGUUUUGUUCAAUCAUUUUGAAGCACCUUCUGUACUUUUUGCAACUUCCCACUUGAUGGCACUAUUUACUCUUGGGAUUUCGUCAGCUGUUGUAUUAGACUGUGGUUAUAUGGAUGCUCAAGUUCUGCCUGUUUAUGAAGGUUACACUCUACUGAACGCUUGGCAGUCAGCCCAGCUUGGUAGCAAAAGAAUUCAUGAAAACAUCAGGGGUUACUUAAAUGAGAAUGCCAAGUUGGUGGAUGUUAUCAACGGGGAGUCGCAGUUAACCCCCUGUCCAGAUUGCUUUAUUUCGGAACAUAUCAUUGAAGAUAUAAAAGUUCGUACAUGUUUUGUUAGUCCACACAAUAGGGCAGUCCAGUGGAAGGCUUGGAAGGACUCUGCUGAAUCAUCGGUCACAAAGCCCAACUUGUAUCAGGAAACAUUUAUUUUCCCCUUAGACAAGUUAGGGAACGAAAGGCCCAUUCAAGUUGCAUCAGAUAUCCGAGAGUUGGCUGUCGAAUGUUUGUUUGCUGGAGACAAUGACCAAAUUACAAUUACAACACUAAUUUUACGAUCAAUUUUGUUGGCACCUAUUGAUAUUAGAAGACAGUUCAUCAGUUUUUGCUGACCAAUAUCGCAUUGUAGUAAUAAGCUCUUAGGAAAGUGGAUUUGAAUGUUGGUGUUACACCUCACUAGUUAAAAGCUAUGGGCAACAGUGACUGAAUAAAUAUAUGCUUCUUGGUGUUCAACUUUAUUUUCUAUUGCCAUUUCCACUUGAUACAGUGUUUUACAGUGGUCUUUUCCAUAUAACAGGAAGUUGGCAGAAAAUAUUGUACUUAUUGGUGGCACAACCAUGCUACCCGGCUUCGUGUCUCGUCUAAUGGAGGAACUCAAUUCAUUUGUCGAACUUCCUGAGUUCUCAAAGUUACAAGCUUUAAAGGGAUGUUUUAAGUUUCACAAUCCUCCUGGUGAAGCAAAUUACAUAGGAUGGCUUGGUGGAGCAAUUUUUGGUGCGCUCGAAUGUCUACCAGGACGUUCGCUGAGUCGGUCUAAUUUCUUGGAAAAUGGUUUAGUUCCAGACUGGUGUACUCAAAUUGAUCAAAAACAUAACGAUCUUGAAAGGCAGGAUACUACCCGCCAGUGAUAUCUAAUAUGAAUUUUUAUUAAAUCAACCAUUACGUAUUUAUCAUUCAGUAAAUAUAUUUCCUUCUAAGCAUCUGUCAACUUUCCCUUUGUUUACAACUUCAUGAAACAACCUAUUUUUGAUAAUUUUAUUUCCAG